UUUCCUAUUCCUUUGUGGUGACUCUGAUUUGAGAAGAAAAUAGAAUGAUACGAACUCGAUUGUUAUGGUUCAGCUUAGGGUUCACGUCUUCUGCUGCUGUCGCUUCCCAUUUCGUUUGGAAGGAUCUGUGGGUUGAUCGUCACGCUCUUAACUCUGAGAUGAACCAAAAGUUUAACUCUCUCGAAGCUCGACUCUCCAAUGUCGAAUCCUCUUUACCCCAUCAAUCUUCUAUUUCCGUUCCCCAUCACGAUCAGGUUGAACAAUAGGUGUCUUUUUCAGCUCCAUGGAAAUGGUUUCUACAAGGUUUUAAUUAUGCUUGAUUCAAAAUGUUUGUAGAGGAAAUGACUGUAAUAAAACAGACGCCAAGGCAACCCUAAACUUCUUACAUACUAAUGGAAAGAACGAAGCAAAAUUUUCUUUGCGAUGUUAUUGUUAAAAUAUUAUGCCUUAGUUAU